AGGGGCGGGGGCAGGCUCUGCAGUUGCUCCUAGCACAAGGACUUGCAGGAGUAAAGGCACAGGGGGGACGCGGAGCGGAGAAGUUCAAGGUCGGUAAGUUCAGCUGUGGAUCCCACAGAGGGCAGGUACAGCGUAGAGAGGAUCCCCUGGGUCGUUUGUGGAUCGGUGUGGGUGGCAUUGGUCUGUGCCACAAACAGCUAAUCACUGCCACAAUGACAUCUUCAAGCUCUGCCCAGCAUCCAGCAGCUGAGAAUGCCUGCAGAAUCACUCUUGGACAAGCUAACCAGGUGCGACCCAAACUGCCACUUCUGAAGAUUCUGCAGGCUGCAGGUGCCCAAGGAGAAACCUUCACGCUGAAAGAGGUUAUGCAUCACCUAGGACAGUAUAUAAUGGUGAAGCAGCUGUAUGACAAAAGACAGCAACACAUGGUGUAUUGUGGAGGAGAUCAGCUGGGGGAACUGCUGGGAUUGGAGAGCUUCUCUGUAAAAGAUCCAAGCCCAGUCUAUGAAAUGUUGAAACGGAACCUGACUUCUGCUGCAAUGACAGAUGCUGCACAGAAUCUCGCAAAGGAACAGAGCGUCGAUAAGCCAAGCCAAGACCAGCUGAAGUUUAGCCCACAAGAAGGUUCUGACACUGUCAUCAGAGAAGGUGAAAGCAAUACAUCUGCUGUGUCUACCUCAGAGCACAAAUGUGAGAAUUAUGGAGACAAAGACUUAAUAGAAAACCUCUCUAAAAGCAAGAAGCCUAAACUGGACCUAGUGUUUGAGGAAUGGGAUGUAGCUGGUCUUCCAUGGUGGUUUUUAGGCAACCUCAGAAGCAAUUACAAGUCCAGAAGUAAUGGAUCAACAGAUAUUCAGACUAACCAGGACAUAGACACUGCCAUUGUUUCAGAUACUACUGAUGACUUGUGGUUCCUCAAUGAAAGUCCGUCGGAUCAGACCAGUGCUGCAGUCAAAGUGGAAACAGCUGACUGCGAGGAAGUGAAAGAAGGUGACACAAAGGUGACCGAGGAUGCAUGUUUGCAUGACUUUGAGGAUUCUCAGUGCUUAAGCGAUGACACGGACACAGAAGCUGCCUCUGAGGACUGCUGGCAAUGCACCAAAUGCAAGAAAUUUAACUCUCCAGGCAAACGGUACUGUUACCGCUGCUGGGCCUUACGGAAGGACUGGUACUCAGAUUGUCCCAAACUGGCUCAUUCUCUUUCUCUGUCCAACAUUGAUGCUAUGCAAAACAAAAACGAUGAUGAAGGGAUAGAUGUCCCGGACUGCCGAAGGACUAUUUCUGCUCCAGUUGGCCAACCUAAAGACGUGUACGUGGUAGAAAACAAAUUACACGUAGAUCCCUGCAGCUCUAUUGAGUCUUUGGAUUUGGCACGAGAAUGUGAAAGCAGGGAGUCUCUGUUGCAUUUCACUGAACAUAAAAAGGAGGAAGAAAUACAGUCUUUAGAGAGUAUAAAAAAAUUACUGAAUCCUUGCUUCUUAUGCCAUCACAGACCACGGGAUGGGAAUAUUGUCCAUGGAAGGACUGCUCACCUUGUGGCCUGUUUCAAGUGUGCAAAGAUGUUGAAGAAAAAGAGAUCACCUUGUCCAGUGUGCAGGAAAGAGAUUGAGAUGGUGAUCAGAAUCUUUAUGGGAUAGUUGUACCAGUUCAGGCCUUCUCUACAGAAAGGUAGCACACAGAUUUUCUUGCACUCUACACAAACCCUAACUUCAGAGCUCAUCAGGCAAACACCAAAGAGAAUUAAGAUUCCAAACUGACCGCGAACACCAAGGAACCAAUCCUCCGCAUCAAAUGAAGUAGCAUCCAUUUUUUUGUCUGUUUAAAUGAAAACCUGUAGGGAGCAGGCCGUAACCAGCAUGUCGGUAUCAAUGCCCUAGCUUUGAAAUUGUCUAAAUCAUUUACUAUGAUUCUCUGUUCUGACAACUGGUCCUUGCAGAAAGCAAGUUUUGGAGAGAGUUAUGAUUUUGGCUGUUGGAGUGUUCUCCAGUAAGUCAAACCCUGUGCAAUGUUUUUUAAGGGAGGAGUCUGGAGCUGAGAAAUAAUCUAUGCAGAGUGGGUGGGGUGGGAAGGAUGGGAGGGAAGGGUAGGUGAAGAGGGUUGUAAUUUAGAGAAGCCAUUUCUCCAAGGAUCAGUUCUCUUGAAGGCGAUGAAAAGUGAAUAUCCAUGUAUCUGAUAAGAUGUUUUUUGUGUUUGUUUUAUGUGUGUUUGUUAACUAAGGUCCUUUUGCUUCCAGACUUGAAAUGAGCACUCUCAAAUUCUCAAUCUAUAGCUAUCUCAGGUUACAUACCAGUUGGGAGACAAGUAAGAUGUUAUACUGUGCUGUGUUGUUGGAUUUUUUUUCAUUUGUAUUGAUUCUUGUUUCAUUUCAGUACAGUUCUAUGUCAGCUGUUGUUGCUUUGUUGAAGCCUGUCCAGUGUUAGCUCAGAAUCUGGCGUGCCAGCUGGCUUAAAUUACAACAGCUCUUUAUCACAGCACCAUUGCAACUUCCACAGCUGCAGCUUCCACCAUUGCUGCAUUUCAUCAGGCCAAUCUAGAAGAUGCUUGCUGGUUUAAAUGUGCAUUUUCAAGGCACAAAAUUAAUUUAAAAAAUUUAAAAUUACUUAAAAUUGUAACACCAACUCUGAACCAGGGCCUUUGAGGGGGGGAAAAAAUCCUGCAACGCACUGUCUAUGGACUGUGCUUGGUGUUAAUUUUUUGAAUGCUCUCCAAUGAUUUCCUUUCCCAGUGAUUUAAUGCUUCAGAUCCGUUUCAGCAUUUAUGUUGUUCUCCGAAGUUAUCUAUGGUUAGUCUACUGGUUGUUAAAACUCAGCUAGAACUUCAAAAAGGGUUACACAUUUUUAAGCUAUGAGAUCAUACACUAGAGUGUACUCAGAUCCUCCUCAGCCUACUGGCUUUGUGAGGAUUUAUGCUCAGAGACUAUUCCCCCAAGGAGAGGAGCUGUGUUCUUCACGCGUGUAGAAGGCAGGUGGAUGUAGUCCUAAAUCAGGGGUGAAUUGUAGGAGUGUAAAGCCUUGGGGCUCCCAGAGAAUUUCCUGCAGCCACCUUGGAUGUCCUAAGAUCCCUGGCUACCCGGGCAUCCCUUCUCCAUGCUUCUUCCAGCUUUCCCCUCUGUGGAUUCUGGACAGGCAGAGGAGUCUGCGGAGUCAGUGGGAGAAGACAGCGCUGUGGGAGCAUGCAUUAAGCAUUAUUUCUUUUAGUUUUCUAGGUCAUUAUUUAUUUUAAACAUAAGGUUAGCGAAUGGUCUUGCCAUCCAUUUAGUCUGGAGUUCACGAUUGUGGGCCAGAGAGGUGAGGGAAGACAGUUCUUGACAUGUUCUCCAGGGCUUUUGGAGAGCCUGUAUGAGGUAGCAAUAGUGCCUUCACCUCUCGCUUUCAGUAUACAGGUGUUUGAAUUCAGUACAGUGUGUAGGAUAUAGCCCGUUUUGUCAUCUUCUGUACAAUUCCCUUUCUGAUCUAGGGAGUGUUCCACUCCUGCCCCAAUAUAAGAAAAAAAAAAAACAGGGAAAAAGAAAAAAAGAUAGUGCUUAGACCUUGGUGCUUCUUUUGGCUCUUUCCCCCUCGUUUUCUACACUCUUUUUGCUGGUCCAGCCCUUGCAGGUCAGGUGUGCAAUGAAAGCCCCUGAAACCUGCCUAGCAGAAAGUCCCAGCAAUCUCCCAUGUCAUAGUUGUUUCUGUGCAAAGAUACUGGAGUAGGUGCUAUAUGCAGUCACUGCCUUAUCACUGCCAAAAGUAAGAUCGCUUGUAUAUUUUACGUAGUGUUGUGAUUAUUUCUAUACCAGCUAUUAUUUAGAUUGUUAUUGUUGGCUGUUAUUUACAGUUGUAUUGUAAAAGUCAGGGGAUAACCUUCUGUUUUGCUGCACUAUCUGUACGUACGUGCGAGUGGAUCCAUGUGGAAAAAAUUACUUUUUGCUUCCCUAACUGAAGGGCUCUUAAAUUGCAGGUGAUGCACUUUAAUCAUGCUAAGCUCAGUGGUGUUAUCUCCUCGAAUCACAGAAGGGAGUUCCUGCCAGGUAGUUGCUUCCACUUUCAGGUAGUUGCUUCCCUUUCAGGAGCGUGGGCUCAGGCAGCGUGCAUUGUGGCACUUCUGGAUACUGUGAAUCUCCCCUCACCCCAGUUGCUUUUAAAAACAAAACAUUUUGCUCAAAGCAGUCUUACUGAAUUGUUCAGGUGUGGCUGCGCUGAAAAGCAUGUAAUUUGUUGACCAAAAAGAUGUAAGGAGAGUUUAGGUUUCUGUAAGGGGUUGAAUAUCCUUACCAAAAUCCUACUGAGAUCUGUAUGCAGCUUCCAUUGUUAAAUGAAAAUUGCUGUUGCUGUUGUGAUAAAAUCCAAAUCCGCAGGAUACGUUUUGGGGUAACGACCUUCUUAUCUGUGACUUCUUGUUGAGUAUAACCACGGUGUUUACAACAUGCAUUUGACAAGUUCUUAUUCUUUUGAACUGAAAUAGCAGUCGUAAUAUCUCACAAUGUUACAGUUGAUCUUCCUUUUAUAGAAGAAUAAGCUAUUGCAGCACAAGCACGUUUUGAUGAGAUGUAACUGUCCACCUUGUGGCUAUGCUUUGGGGCGGGGGGGGGGUGGUGAGGGAAAAGGAGGGAGGAAGAACGUUUUAUUGCUUUAGGUAUAAGGCUAAAAAGGUUGUAAUUCAGCAAGAGCUGCUCUUUUUUUUUUCUGACACUUUUGAGGAAGUGCAGGCUUGAGGUAUGAGUUGAAGAACUAGCUCAAAGCACUUGGUCGUAAUAUUUACGCCGCAAUGCCAUGAGAUGUCGGCCCGGCAGUGCUAUUGGUUUCCUUUUCUACAGAUGUGACAGCUAAUGUGGACUGCUAUCAGAACUGCAUUUUGUUGGAGGAGCUGAGCAUCUACCUGAGAUGGGUGUGAACUCAACUUCUCUGACUACAACGUUGCUGUCUCAUCACUCAUGGCAGUUUUUCUCUCUCAGUGAGGUUUUACUAUGAAGUGCAAUACGGCAGAAGUGGUCCUCGGGCGAGCAUUAGCAGGCAUUGCUGCGUGUCUGUUCGAAGCGUGGAGCACAGCUGUCUUUUGACUGUCAGAUUAGGAAGGUCUCUGUUUCACUGCUCCUUUCUCCAGUGACAUUGGUUGCUGUUCCUCAGGAACCUGCUGAAGUCUCCCCAGCGUGAGUGUGCCCAUAGGCUGGGCUUCAUCCACAGAUACCUCUGCGUUUCACUCAGAACUUCUGGCACCGUUUAACCCUAGAACCACCAAACUUCUUACUUGGACCAACGUUGAAACAGCAUGGGAACCAUGAGCCUCACAGCUGUAUACUGCCGCUUAGUACGUUAUAGUGCUCUUUGUUGCAAAACACUGUACGUCAUUUGCCUUCGUUCUGUUUUGGCAGCCAGAGGUACCCACAGCGCAUUCACUGCAUUCGCUCCUGCAGGUCUUUCCAGUUUAAGUGCCUCUUCGCAGUUCCCAGUGACUAUUAUUUGCUGAUGCACCCGGCAUAUCAGCCUUUGCUUCAUCUGUCUGUUCAAAAAUCCGUGUCCAUCCUCUGCUGAGAUGUAUCACAGAGCCAAAUUUAGCCUCACCAAAGCUGCUACGUGAAUUACAGAGCGCCUUUGGAGCAGCCCCCAGAGUGCUUGUUUCUUCUGAAUGCUGGGUGUUUCACUGAAGACUGUUGCAAAUUUUCUGCCUCUGUGUGUAACUUAUUUAUUACGGUGCAUGACUGUGAUGGAACCCGUGGUGCAGCUAGCCAGGGUCCUCCCCAUCAUUCUGCAUCCAGCAGUGAUUGUAUAUGCUACUGAGAGGCUGUCCUUGCAGAAAAGAAGUGGCUGUUGACAAAUGGAAAUGGCCUGGAAACUGAGCUUCAAAACCCACUGGGGUAGCUUGCAGUUGCCUGCUCACUCUUUGCCUGUUCUGAGCUUCAUCUUCCUCUCCUGGAAGAAGAGAAAUGUUCUCAUUAGAGGCCUGCAGUGGAGGCUGACUGUUUCGGAAGACAGAAUGAUUAAGUGGUUGAAGAAAGGAUGCAGAGCCAGGGCACCAGUCUCCGUUCUGGCUUUACUCUUGCCAUGGUGCGUGAGGUGAGGAAGAAACUCCCUGAAUCCUGUGCAUGCUUGCACCUGCAAGUAGUGUUGCGAUUCUUGAAAAGGAGGCACUGCGAGGCUGAUCUUUCAAGGUCAAGAAGGACAUCCACAGGUGAUGUGAGGCUGAUAAACAUUGUGUGCUUGGAACAUCUCCAACAUCUCCAGAAACAGGUUGCCUCCAGGCAGCAGCUUUCCUGCUCUGGAAAUCCCUUGGUUAUCUGUCCAAAGUGGCUGGAAUUUUCCUUGCUGCUUAGAAAAUCAGUGAGACCAUGCCUGUGACCGCCUGGUGUUGUCUGGCCAGCAAAAUCAGAAUGGUCAGCAGCCCCAAGCUGGGUUACACACCUCAGCCACUUGCUUGCACUUGUUUAUGAUGCAUACAGGCAGCUGUUGUGAUUGCAGUUCUGUUUUUCUGUGCUAUUACCCUGGUAAUGUGCAUUUGCUGCCCACACACGCACGGACACCCCAUGCCUGCCACUCUGAGCAGGUGUUGUAGGAAUCCGUAGCUGCUGAACUCUGCAAUUAGCUUCAGUCUCUUAUUCCUAGAAGACAACUGCCUUUGACGGUCAGUCCACGGAGAUACAUAAGGUAUGAACAAACACGUUUUACCUCUGGCAAAGAUAACAAAGACUUCCUCUUCUGGAAGGAAUGCUUUCCUGCCCCGUCUCCCUAGCACCCUUCCCCUGCAGCCUGCUGUUCCCGAGUCUGAAUCUGGAUCUGAACACCCACCCGCACAGCGACCCAAUAACCAGCCUCUGUGUGUUUGCACUAUUUAAAAAAGGCACGUAUCAUGGAACUGAUGACCUGUUUUUGUGUCCACAGCAUAAAUCUAAUUAAAUCGAUCGCAUUCUAUGGCAAUGUAGGUUUAUUUUUUCAUUUGUACUGUGUUUCGGGGAAAACUUUAAGUAAAGGCCUGUUACCAGUUA